GUAGCAUGAAUUGAGGUUUGCUUUCUGAAUUGCAGCACGGCAUGCUCGUUGGUGCUGAACGUUUGCCUCUCUUGUUUUCCAGGACACUGGAGUUCCUGAUGAGACACUUGGCGUGUCUGGCUGGGAGCUCCACCAUCACAAACAUGCAUGCCAAGAACCUAGCCAUUGUGUGGGCUCCAAACCUCUUAAGAUCACAGCAGAACGAGUCUGCCUGCGCCAGCGGAAGAGCUGCCUGCAUGGAGCUGCAGACGCAGUCGGAUGUGGUGGAAUUUCUCAUCAACCACACAGACGUCCUCUUCUGCUCCAAAUCCAGAGCAGACAUCGCAGAUGCAGCAGGGCACAAUUCUCUCCCAGGGCCCAAGUCUGUGGGGGUCUCUUCUGCUGCCACAAAGCUGCUCAGCCUGGAGGAGGCACAGGCACAGAGGCGAGGCCACAGCAGCUCUCCCCCUGUGACAGAGAGCAGCAGGGACAUUGAAGUGGAAGAAAGCCCUGCAGCUGGGCAGGGCAAAUUCCACACCGUCGUUGACUUUCCAUCUGAAAGGUAAAGAGGAC